UAUUUGCGUUCUUCGGUAGAUCCCUUUUCCCGUUGCCCCCACCAGGAAAGAGGGAACCCCCUACUCGGAGGAAAAUUAUUUCUCACCGACUAUCGUUCCAGUAACAGUCAAAGAACGGGUUUUGGGUACGUCUUAACGUUUCUAACGUUCGCUUCAGAAUGGAAUGCAGCACGAUUUUCCUCUGCGUCUUCCUCCUCCUCUCAGCCAUCGGACUCCUCCAGAAAAAGAAACUGGCCACGUUCUUCAGAGACAUGCAUCUAGUUUUGAACGUAGGCUAUGUGAUUAUCUCCCAGAAAUGGUACGAGUACAAGAACGAGACGAUAAUCGACGUUUUUCAGAGAGUUGUGGCCAAGGAUCCGGAAAAGGUCGCAUUGCGGCAUCUUGAUGAAAGCUGGACCUUUUGGAAACUUGAAGAACUGAGCAACAGGAUUUCAAGGGUUUUUGACUCGAUGAACUACAGCAAAGGCGACUGUAUUGCCCUUAUGAUGGAUGGAUGCCCAGACUAUGUUGCCUGCAUACUGGGUGUUGUAAAAAAUGGUGGGAUCACUGCUCUUGUAAACAUAAAUCAGAACAGAGAAGUUUUGAGGAGGAGCAUUGAGACGACCAACGCUAAGGCACUUAUCUAUGGUACCAACUAUACCGAAGUGAUUUCUGAGAUUGCUUCGAGUUUGAAAGUGGAUUUCUACCAUGUUGGAGAAGGCAUGGCUGUUCCUGGCUCCAAUGAUCUGAAGAGUAUUUCUGAAAAUUUCCCAUCAACACCUAUGGUGCAGAAGAUAAAGGCAAGGAAGCACACAGAGCCGUUACUGUACAUCUUCACAUCUGGGACAACUGGAUUACCAAAAGCGGCUAUCAUCACUCACGCUAGAUACUUUAUGAUGACCCUCGGUGUCAAACACUCUUUUGGGAUUAAGAAGGAGGAUGUAGUUUACACUUCCUUGCCACUCUACCACACUGCAGGAGUUAUUCUUGGAGUUGGUCAGGCACUUCUUGGUGGCUCGACUGUUGUCAUCAGGUCCAAGUUUUCAGCAACAAAUUUUUUUUCUGAUUGCAUCAAAUACAAAUGCACUGUAGCUCAGUACAUUGGUGAAAUCUGCAGGUACAUUCUUUGUACGCCAGAAUCUGAAGUAGACUGUGCCCAUUCAGUGAGGUUGAUGUUUGGCAAUGGUCUUAGGGCUGAGGUUUGGGAGCAAUUUGUGAAAAGGUUCGGUGUGAAACAAAUAGGCGAAUUCUACGGAUCAACUGAGGGGAAUGCAAACAUCAUAAAUGCAUGGAAUAAGAUUGGUGCGGUGGGCUACGUUCCUUGGUUUGCCCGCCGAUUCCAUUCAGCGGAACUUGUCUUGGUUAAUGAGGAAACAAAAGAGCCUUUGCGGAACUCUCAAGGCUUCUGCCAGAAGUGCAAGCCGGGCCAACCGGGAAUCUUCAUCGCAAAAAUUUCCAAAUCCAAGGUGACAAGCCAUUUUAACGGCUAUGUCGAUAAGGAAGCCACAAAAAAGAAGAUUCUUGAGAAUGUCUUUGAAAAGGGUGAUAAAUGGUUUAACUCAGGCGAUGUACUCAGUAAGGACGAAUACGGCUACAUGUACUUCAAAGACAGAACUGGGGACACUUUCAGGUGGAAAGGAGAGAACAUCGCUACUACUGAGGUUGAGGGUGUCGUUACAAAUAUUAUAGGCCAGAAGGAUAUCACAGUAUAUGGUGUCAAUGUACCCAGUACUGAAGGAAAAGCUGGAAUGUUAGCGAUUGUUGAUACAGAAAAACAACUUGACCUAGAUAACCUCUACAAAGGACUGGAGAAAAAUCUCCCCUCGUAUGCAAGGCCAAUUUUUGUACGAGUAAUGGAAAAAUUACCCUUUACAGGUACUUUUAAAAUCCAGAAGAAUCAAAUACAGAAAGAAGGAUAUGACCCUUCAAAAGUAAAAGAUCCGAUAUUCUUCCUUGACGUACGAUCAAAGAAAUUUAUACCUCUUGAUGAAAAAGUUUAUGAGGAUAUCCUGAAUAAUGUUGUGAAACUAUGAAACUAGACGAGUUGAUAUUGAAAAAUUUGAAACAAAUUCUAGUCUAGUAGUAGUUGAUGUAUUUUGUAUUUUUCAGUCAACUGAAACUUACUAAAUGUCACAUGAUAUAUCUUUAUUUUAUUACUACUAUAAAGGGAUAGUUGUGAUGCUUUAUUCAAAGGUUUUUCAGUGUAUUUCAAAUAAUUAUUUGCUCAAAACUAAUGUAAAAAAAAUUUACUGUGCAAUGAACUGUGACCAAGUCUAAUGUAAACAUAUCACACUGCAAACUGUCUAGAAAAUGUUAUAUUUAAAAACAAAUUAAUAUAAUUUUGUAUAUAAACUAUAAAAGCAUAUUCGACAUUGGG